GAAUGGGCAGUGGAAUAGCAUCUUCUGGCUACCCAUCCAGCAUGAACCCGAUGGGUCCCUCCAUGUCACCCAUGCCGUCAGCAAUGUCUGCUAUAGGUGGAGGCAUGGGCUACUCUCCUCAAGCCAUGGGUGGAAUGGCCGCCAUGGGAGGCAUGGGAUCAAUGGGCGGCAUGGGGUCUAUGGGGUCUAUGGGAUCAAUGUCCGCAAUGGGAGGAUAUGGGGCCAUGUCUGGUAUGAACGCCAUGGGAGGAAUGAACGGAAUGUCGGCUAUGUCAGGAAUGUCCUCAAUGAACGGCAUGAACAGAUCUCUUGACCCCAAUCUUAUGUCUAAUGGCGCCUUAAACAGACCCAGGACUGAUAAGAACUACAGGCGGGCUUACACGCAUGCCAAGCCGCCUUACUCGUAUAUCUCUCUGAUCACCAUGGCAAUACAGCAGUCACAGAACAAAAUGUGCACCCUGAGUGAGAUUUAUCAGUUCAUCAUGGACCUCUUUCCGUUCUACAGACAGAACCAACAACGCUGGCAGAAUUCCAUACGCCAUAGUCUCUCUUUCAAUGACUGUUUUGUUAAGGUCCCAAGGACCCCUGACAGACCCGGAAAAGGAAGUUACUGGGCUCUGCAUCCGGAUUCAGGAAACAUGUUCGAAAAUGGCUGUUAUCUGCGUCGACAGAAAAGAUUCAAAUGCCCUAAAAAAGAAAUGAUACGCCAGACUUCAACUCCAAGUCGAGGGCGAGACGAUUCAGGCACCAAUCCAGAUGACAGCCUGCCCUCUGGGGAUGACCACAGUCCAAUGAGCUCACCUAUACCCGGAACUCAUUCGCACCACGGCCAGACUCACGCCGCACCACAUACAUCUCCAAGACCACAGGACCACCACCAACAGACCCAGCUUCACCAACCGCAGCAACACUCUCAGAUACAUCCUCAACAACAACAGCAGCAGCAGCAGCAGCAUCAAUCUGCAUCGUCCAUACAGCCAAAGACUGAAGUGAUAAAUGCCAGUCCACAUCCUCAAGAAAUGUCUCACCCACCUCCUUCUCAGAGUCUCCCGCCCCAGGUGUCCUGCCAUACCCCUCUUUCAUCACAGAACUCUCUGGCGUCUUAUCACCACCCGCCUCCAACUGCGGACUUGUCAAAUAUUAGGCCUCUUAACCCACAUGACUACGGAUCUCAGCUGACGCAUCAAUCUCUAGGUCUUUAUCAUACUACCGGGCAUUAUGUUCAUCACCCACACCACAAUCCUCACCAUCAGGCAGGCUUGCACCAGCUGCACCCAAACCACUCCUUCAACCACCCGUUUUCCAUCACCAAUCUCAUGUCAGAAAGCAAACUAGACAUGAAAACCAUGUAUGACAUGGGCUAUAACUCCUACGCGCAGAUGUCGCCUCUCACCAUGUCCAAAGACGCCUCACCUCCAGUGAUGUCAAACCACCACGAUGCUGGUGGUUAUUAUAAAUCAUAUCAGUCAACAGUGGACUUAUGA